GAGAUAACUUUAGCAACUUUGAGCUUUGAGGUGAGCAUUCUUUGCUUGUGAAACAAUCCCCAAUCACCUAAAAUGGCAGUCAAGUUGCCAAUGAAAGCAACUGGAGUGCAGUUGUGUAGUGAAAUAAAUUGGCUAUGUGUCUGCCAGGGCUGACAAAAGUUGAAUGAUUUAUGGACCAUGGUCAAGUUGGCGUUGACGUGGAACAGAGCUCAAAAAUGGAACUGAAAUUUCAUUCCAUCUUGGUGGUGCUUCUCUUCGUCAUCCAAGGUCUGUUCCAAUUGGUCCAAUGUGGUGAAGGACCAAUCAUAGUGGAACAUCCACUAGACAUCACAGUGGAGAGAAACGAACCCGUGACCAUAAAAUGCAAGGGCAAAGGCGUGCCCAAACCCACUAUCGAGUGGUUCCGCAACGGUGAGCGCGUCUUGGCCGCGCCUCAAGAUCCGUCCUCCCAUCGGAUCCUUCUACCCGAUGGAUCCCUCUUCUUUCUUCGAGCGGUCCAAAGUAAGAAGGAACAAGAUGGGGGCGUGUACUGGUGUGUGGCCAAGAACACCGAGGGCGUGGCACGAAGCACGAAUGCAACCAUGGACAUUGCUUAUUUGCGUGAUGACUUCCGAGUGAGUCCAUCGGACACGGAUGCCAGCCAAGGCGAGGAAGUGAUCCUGAAAUGCUCACCUCCCAAGGGAAAUCCCAACCCGGUGAUUCGGUGGAAGAAGAAUGGAGAGAUGCUGGAUUUAUCCUCGUCCAAACGGAUCCGGAUUGAUGAAUGGGGAAAUUUGAUUUUCUCGCCCAUAAUUAAGGAAGAUCGAGGCCAAUACCAGUGCUCGGCUUUCAAUAAGGUCUCAGUCAGAGAAACCGACACUGUUCACCUGAAAGUCUAUGAGCCGCCCACAUUUUUGACAAGACCUCAGAAUACUGACGCCUUGGCUGGUGAAGAUGUGCUUUUAACCUGUCAAGCUAAAGGAGAUCCAUUUCCCGACAUCCAAUGGAGUCGCGAAGGCCAGGACAUAGACAUCAACAAGGUCAAGAUCGUUCAUGGCCGUGGCCUUCGCAUCGAGAGUGUCCAUCCGUCGGACGAAGGCACCUAUAUUUGCGAGGCCUCCAAUGCCAUGGGUAAGAUCGUGACCUCGGCUAGAUUGGCAGUGAGAGAGAAACCGGUCAUCUCAGUCAAACCUCAAGCCCACGUGGUCAACGCCGAGGGCAAAGAGCCCGUCACCCUCGAGUGUCUGUCCACUGGUACUCCCAAACCGGCCUUGUUCUGGACCCUCGAGAGCAAUGUGACCAUGAAAAAAGGUCGUAAUAAGCCGGUCAUGAUCAUGCCCGGGAUGCGAAUCAACAACAUGUACGUGACCAGUGACGGAGCCCUGAAGAUCGAGGAGCCCAGUGUGGCCGAUAGUGGCCAUUAUGUGUGCUCCGUGGUGAAUGUAGUGGGGUCGUUUAUGGCCAGAGCCCACGUGGUUAUCUAUGAUCCACUGGAUCUUAACGACACCUCAUCCCUGGACCACACAAGAGAAUAUCUGGCCGUGUCUGAGCCGAGAACCGAUGAAGAUCAAGCACGACUGGCUUUGCUUGAGCAAAGUGUGAGAUCAUUAGAGGUCAUAGCACUUGGACCCACCUCGAUCAAGGUCAACUGGGAGCUCUCACCUCUACUUCCGGCCACGAAGUUGUACACGGAGGGAAUUCGACUGUUCUAUCGGCAAAGACGCACGGACCGUUAUGAAGACUUUGAAGUGGUUCGCCUCAAGACGGCCACCAAAGACUCAUUUGCCAUCCACAGCCUGGGCGAGUACGUCGAGUAUGAAGUGUUUAUACAGCCCUUUUAUGACCAUGUGGUCGGCCUCCCGUCCCAUAUGGCCAGGGUCAGGACUCAUCAAGAUGUGCCCGCGUCUCCACCCACGCUCAUCAAGGCCGAAAUGGUCAAUGCGACCGCGGCCUUCCUCGUCUGGGGUCCUUUGGCCAAUGAGGAUCAUAAUGGCCUUCUCCUGGGUUAUCAGAUCGAGAUCCGAGACCAAAGCACGUCCAAAGCCAACGUGACGGUGAAACCUGACGUCUCCGAGGUGAUUCUGCUCGUUUCAGGGAUGCUACCUGGUCGAGAAUAUCCGGUCAGAAUUGCCGCUGUCAACACGAUGGGCGCGGGACCCUUCACUUCGGCCAAAUUGAGGCUCGACCCGAGCAUGGUGGUCGGGCACUUGUCCUCGUCCUCGUCGUCCUCUGAUGUCAUUGGAUACACUUGGCUGAUUGUUCUACUAGGAUCAUUGGCAUUUGUCCUGAUUCUGAUAUCGGGCGUUAUGCUCUAUUACCAUCGAAGAGCCACCAAGACCCACACCCAUGCCAAAGGAGGCUAUCUGGCAGCCAAUACGGCUGAUGAUGCAUCCGUGUCCCAAUCCCGGAUGAUGAUCUCGAGCACGGCCAAUUCACUGUCCAAAGCCCAACAACCCUUGUGGAUUGAUCGGCGAUGGCCAACGGCAACCCUGAAGGACGUGGGCUCGAAUGGCAGUGAGAAGAAACUUCUGGCGACCCUUCGUAACCCUGGGAAUGGAAGCGGAAAUGGGUCUGCUUCCAACUCGGAUGAGAACGAAUAUGCAUACAUUGAUCGUCACAAACUCGGGACUUUCAAUUCGGGCAACUCGUCGGUGUAUGAAGGCCUGGUAAAACAACAGCAAAGAAUGAAUGCACUCAAUAAUGGGAUGGACGAAUUGGAGCCCUACGCGAGUACGGACAUUCUGCGGCAGCAAGCCUUCAACGGAAACGUUCCAGUCAACCUGAAAUCCCAACGGUACAUCAUGCCUCUGUCCGUGACUCCAAUGCUACAUUCAAGGACCACGAGAAGUGACAAGCGGCACAAAAUCUACCAAAGGAACGCCAGGGAUGCCAGGAGUUGCGACAAUAUCGACGAACUUGAUCAUGGCCAAUCCCCUUAUCGAUACGGUAACAACGGAGUCCAGGCCUAUGCCAAAGUAUCCUUGGACAAGAUCAAGACCAACGACCGCUUUAUGCCCAACUACCAAGGCUCUCAUAUUUACGGCAAAGGCCAAUUCGUCCCCUCACCCCAAUACCUAUUCCAACCCAAGGCGAGUAACACGGUUUACUCCAACCUCUCCCGUCAAGUUCAAACCGGUCAGAUGAGUCCGGGCAAAUGCCACCGCGUUCAGCCCAAGGAAUACAGCUUCCCGUCAGCAGGGUCAGCUUUUCAACAACAGCUGACGCAUCAGCUGCCUCCGCCCCUGCGCCUAACUGACGCCUAUCCGGCCCUCCCUGGGCAGGCUGUCACCGCCCAGGUUCACCCAAGGAAGAACCGCAAUAGCCGAUCGUCAUGUUCAACUUUUUCUAAUAGUGAGAGUACGCCAUUCCUGUUGAAUGAGUCUACCAAUCAUGUUGCUAGUCAGCCCUCGGGUAUCUAUGAGUCCUUGCAGCCCUCCACCAGGGGGAAUGAAGGCGUCACAAGCUUUAAUCAGGGCCAUGAAUACUCGGUGGAUUCGGACCCUGAAUCUUAUUUGAGUCAUUCCUGUUCGGAUGAGGACGAGUCGCCCAAGUCAUUGAAUCAAUUGAAGCCGCUCAUUCUUCCCUCACUCCAAAAUCACGGAGGAGAUGACCCAUUGUCGGGUUCGUCGUUAUCAGAGAGAUAAUAUCAGUACAUGAUACAUGUGACAACAAUAAUUAUGAUAGUGAUGGUUGAAAACAAACCUUUUUAUGUCUUCACUGAAAAGCAAUACUUAAUGCAUAAAUACUAACAACUGUAACCUCCCUCUCCCUGACUCUCUUCCCAUGGUUCUUGUGAUACUAAACCAAAUCAUGAUGAUAAUUAUUAACAACCCUCGUUUCAAUAAGGAUCCAAUUCGGACGACCCAAUGCUCACACGUGUUUCACCAGUAUUGAUAAAUAUUACAUCCUUAGGGAAUUUCCUCGACGAACUAUGUUACCUUUGUCAAUAAUAAAUGAU